AUGUUAAAAUCACCAAAGAAAUCGGCGAAAAAUCCAUUGCCGUCUGAAGAAAUCCAUCUACCUGGACCGCAUCCGGCAAGAGGCAUCUACGGAUUCGCUUUGUACAUUACUGCUUGGUGCGGAUUGGUGAUCUACGUUCUCUGGGCGGUUCUUCCGGUUCAAUUCCUAAAUCGAUUGGGCAUCACAUAUUUCCCGUCGAAGCUUUGGGCGUUGAUCAUUGGAUUCAUUUUUCAAUUCGCUGCGAUUGCCUACGUCGUUGUCAUAUUUAUUAUAAAUUGCAUUCGGUUCGAAGGAUACUCGGUUUUUGACAACGUCGAGCUCGUCAACAACGAUUUUGGCGAUCGAUCGAUUUUGAAGAAGGAAAAAACAAACUAG